AUUUGGUUUACAUAUUGUAGAAUUUCUACAGCGAUCUACAGCAUAUUUUUAGCAUCCUUUCAAAGUACUUAGCCAUGAUCGAGGUACUAGACAAACGGUACCUGGCUAUCUGUGCCAUCGUUACUGUCGCUAUGCAGACGUCUUUCUUCAUCGUUGCUGCCACUUGUAAAUUUGACAAAGUGACCGAUUUUGCUGGAGGGACGAACUUUGUGCUCCUUGCCAUUUUGACUUUCUGUUUAGGACAGACAUACCAUGACCGACAGAUAAUGGUGACUGUAUGCGUGAUUGUGUGGGGAAUCAGACUGUCAGGCUACCUACUUUAUCGCAUCAUAAAGAUUGGAGAAGACAGGCGUUUUGACGACAAGAGGGAAAACUGUCUUGCCUUUGCUGGUUUCUGGAUCUUCCAAGCUGUUUGGGUGUUUACUGUGAGCUUGUCAGUCAUCAUGAUUAAUGCUCCGCUUCCUAAGAAUGCGAAAGGUCUUGGUACAUUGGACUAUGUUGGGGUUGCUAUAUUUGGAGUUGGACUUAUCCUGGAAGCUGUGUCUGAUCAGAUAAAGUUUAGCUUUAGGAAUAAUCCAGAAAACAGAGGAAAAUGGUGUGCUGUAGGUCCUUGGAAAUGGUCUCGUCAUCCCAAUUAUUUUGGUGAGAUGUUGGUCUGGUGGGGUAUAUUUAUAAUCAGCUGUAGCAUACUGGAGAAAGGUGAAUGGGCAGCAAUACUGAGCCCCCUUUUCCUUAUGGCUAUUCUGUUGUUUUUGAGUGGAAUACCACUACUGGAGAAGAAGGCUGAUGAACGCUAUGGCAGUCUUACAACCUACAGGAUCUACAAGAAAAACACCAGUCCUCUGAUCCCUCUGCCUCCUCCUUUCUAUGCCAUCCUUGGCAAUAUUAUCAAGGCACUCUUCUGCUGUGAAUUCCCAUUGUAUAACCACAUUGAUGAUGAACCAGGAGAAUCAUCAUACAUCAAACAACAGAAACAACAAGCACAACCAGCUGAAAGUGCUUGAUAAGGAUAUAAAAUUUUCAUGGUUUUGCAAAACUAGAGCCAAUCAGAAUAGAACAGAAUUUUCAGCCAAUUAUGUUACAGCAUAAGUUGUUGGCUUCUGAUUGGCUCAAGUUCAAAUGCUUUGUUUUCUUGCCAGAUUAUUAUUGGUUGAUAUAAUUGUAAGAGGGGUGAGUUCCUGGUUACAUUAUCCAGUUAUGCUUCAAAGCAGAGGGAAGGAAAAAUGGUCCAGACAAACUUUUAUUUUAUAAGAAAUCCAAACUUAUUCUUUUGCUUCUGCAAACAGUCUUACACUAUCACACAAAAAAAUAUAAUUUUUUAAAAAACCUUAAUUCCAAAGCUACAGUAGUCUGAUCCUAAUUCAAAUGCUACCAACAUUGCUUGGCUUAUUGAACACUUAAGUUUGUCAACCAAUGAGAUUACAAAUUGAAAACAAUAGAAUUUGAGUUACAUGUAUUGAAAAAGACUAAAAUGGUUGCAAGUGAGGCUAGUAUUGAAAGUCUAUGAAAGCUAUUCAAGGAGAUGAAAUGAUGAAAAAAGAAAGAAAAAGUAAAAGUAUAUUUACACRAAUAAAAUAAAAUAAACUGGAGUGUUUACGGUUAGAGUGUAGUUAUGAUACCUAAACACAUGAUGUACAGGUAGUGUUGCCAUAGAAAUAUGAAAUCAAAUAAGAGUAAAACAUUGUAAUGAUAGUAGAGUACAAACCAAAAAUUUUCAAGAAAUUGCACAAAUUUGUAAGUUCAGUAGACAUUUGUUAGUUAACUUUUUCAGGGAUAUAUGGUAUGCACUCCAUCAAAUCAAAUGACAAUACCAUGCCAAGGUAUAGCUUGUAAUGAUAUUAUUAUUAACGAUGUACUUAUUGCAUAUAUAUAUAUAUGUAUAUUAUACAAUAAAAAAUAAAUUGUACAAUUUUAAACCUUUUAAAUUGUAUCAAUGAACUAUCCUCCAUUGUUUAGUGGUUGUACCAGGCAACACAGGCAGAGCCAGUACAACCCUGUCUCAUGAACGUUUUACACACCAUCGACAUUAAACCAUUACAGAUGCAAUGAGAAUCGACAUGAAUGUAUUGGUAACCUGUAUUAAAUAGAGGCAAGUCAUUAUUAA